AUGUUUUCCCCUUCUCGUUUUGCAGCGCGAAACAGUUCUGACGUUUCCCUUUCAAAGCCCCAGCCCAAAGUUGUAUCAAGAUCACCACCGUCGUCAGCCCAGGUCGAUGCCAAAUCCCAGCCCCGAGAGCCAUAUCCGAUCCCCAGCAACAACCCGGCCAGUCAGUAUACAUUGCUGGAAAAGUUGGGAACAGGUAGUUUUGGGACCGUCUAUAAGGCUAUGCACAACGAGACGAAGCAGAUUGUAGCUAUCAAACAAAUCGGUCAGUCUGCUGCAUCAAUCAACAAUAGCGUGUUCAACUCGUGUCUAGAUCUCGAGGAUUCCGACGAUGAUAUCUCUGAAAUACAGCAGGAGAUUGCUAGUCUUGCUCAGUGCGAUUCCGAAUAUGUGACGCGCUACUACGGAUCUUUCGUCGUCGCCUACAAGCUCUGGAUCAUUAUGGAAUAUCUCGCCGGUGGCUCAUGCUUGGACUUAUUGAAACCCGGUCCUUUUUCAGAAGCUCAUAUCGCGGUUAUUUGUCGGGAACUUUUGCUAGGCCUCGAUUACCUUCAUGCCGAGGGUACAAUACAUCGGGAUAUUAAAGCCGCUAAUAUUCUCCUUUCAUCCUCCGGAAAGGUCAAACUUGCCGACUUCGGUGUUGCUGCUCAGCUCACGAAUACACUUCGACACACAUUUGUUGGUACACCGUUCUGGAUGGCUCCGGAGGUUAUCCGGCAGGCAGGAUAUGAUGCCAAAGCCGAUAUGUGGAGUCUGGGUAUCACAGCCAUUGAGAUGGCGAAGGGUGAACCGCCCCUCGCGGAGUAUCAUCCUAUGAGGGUUCUUUUCCUCAUUCCGAAAGCCAAACCUCCCGUGCUUGAGGGUGCCUUUUCUGCAGCCUUCAAGGACUUCGUCACUCAAUGCUUGACGAAAGAUCCCAGCGCUCGUCCGACAGCCAAUGAACUGUUGCAACACCGAUUCAUUCGCGGGGCACGGAAAACAUCAUAUCUUACCGAGCUCAUUGAGCGUCUUCAAGAGUUCCGUGCACGCUCACCUGCCAAGGGAGCUCAUCAAAUGUAUCAGCCUACGGUGAGAAACAGUCAUGCCCGGGACACGACAGGCACAAUGCGGAGUGAUUGGAACUUUGAUACGAUACGCUCCUCGGCUAUGGGAACAUUCAGAGGCAUGGCAAAGGAUCUCGUAUCAUCAUCGUCUUCUUCUGACAUCGACGAAGAACCUGAGGAUCUGGUCGCAGAUGAAGGUCAUGCGUCAUCUAUCGACACUAGUGGUGCUACUAAGGGAAGCGGAGAUCCUAUUGUGGAAGGUGGGCUCGGAGUAAACGCACAGGCAGGCCAUUCGACUGUGAUCAUCAAGCCUCUCCAUACUCCUGAUUCUGAGAAAGACGUUGCCACCCUGUUGGCGGAAAAGAACGUGUCGAAGGACACGCCACCUCCCCAGGUUGAUGAAAGUGCAACACCGCUUGGUGCACCACCUGCUUAUAGUGGGUCCAUGCGGGGGUCUCGACGAUCAUCAUACGCUGCACGUCACGGUGGUGGCGCAGGUACUGUAAUGAAAGAGGCCGAUUUGGGUAAUGGCGUCGAUACAAUCCGACCCAUCAAGAAGUUGGAUACGGCGGGAUCCUUACGAUUGUCGGCGGAGUACGUCGGGAGCAUACGUCGGGAGGGCAGCGCCUCUGCACCAACAUCACCAACACAUAAGCGCAAUACCAGCGAAACGGCCAAGGCAGGGAAAUCUCUGGUCGAUGAUGUGGUUCUACCCAUCCUUCAGAAGGCCAUUGGGGACGACAUGGAUGCAAGGGAAAUCGAAUCGCUGAGCAUGUUAUCUCGUGGGUUCAGUGAGCUCAAGGAAGCUAAUCCUGAACUUGCCUACAACGUCAUACUUGACAUUCUGUCCGGCAUCAAUGAGAAUCCUGCUGUACGGCAACAUGUCCAAACCUCUCGUGCACUGUUCCCACACAAGCGGGUGAUCCGUAGAAGCGAAAUGACAGCCAAAGGUUUGGUAGUUACAGAGGUCCAGGAAGACAUCUCUCCAGGAUCGGCAGAGCGAGCACCUUCAGUCAAGUCGGAGGAUUCUUCGACACGUAAAUCACCCAUCGCAGAGCUGCUGUAUUUGCGAUGGCUAGAAGGGCUAAAAUUCAAAUGGCCUAGUCUCACGUAG